UUGCUUCAAUGGCGAUAACGACUUGAGUGUAGUUUCGAUUUUUUAAAAUAGUUAUCUCUGAUGUAUAGCUUGAUAAAAGAUAAAAGGCCUUUGCAGGAAAUGACGUGUUUCUGUUGAGGUGACGAACUUCGGACGGCGUGUCUGAGAUACAGCCAAAUCCUAAUGUAUUGAAAAUGUCUGUAGUUGAGAAUUUGAGAAAGUUAAUCAACGAGCGACUAAAUGCUGCUGUGGAGGACAUUGUAGGAGUUUGUGAGCAGACUAUAGUUGCGUACGAGGAGAAGAUCGUCCAUCAACGCAGACUGCUGGAUAUCAUCUUGAAGCCUGAGAUAAAGCUACACAGGAUAGAGUUUCCACAGCAAUAUGUCUGUAAGGAGGAGGAGAAGGAAGUUCUUAUUGACCAGCAGGAGGAGCUCUGCAACAGUCAAGAGGGAGAGCAGCUUAUACUGAACCAGGAUAGUGCAGUAGAGGAUGAUCCCCUUGACAGAAUCCGUAUUGUAUGGAUGAGAUCAGAAUCUGAAGCAAAGAGUGACCAUCAGCUCCUUUCUGACAGCUCCCAUGUAGCAGAUAGACCAGAGCCAAAGAAGAAACGUCCUGCAGAGAACACAUCAAUUACAAAUAUUGAGCUAAAACCAAAACACUGUGGGAACACAUCAUCAACGACAAGUUCUGAGCAUAAACCAAAGAAGAGUCCAAUGAACACAACAUUGACCAUAAGCACUGAGACAAAACCAAAGAAGAAAAAUAAGGAUGGAGAUGCAAGAUCAGCUACAAUUAUUAAGCCAAAACCAAACAAUAAAUGUAACAAUGGCCAUGCCACUUCAACUACAAAUCAUGCAAAAGAAACGCAAGAGAAACGUCACCAUGAGAACAUAACAUCAGCUGAUACUACUGAGCCAAAUCCAAAAAACAAACCUUACAAGUGCAAUGACUGCGGUAAACCCUUUUCUUACUUGAAAAACUUGAAAGUUCACAUGAGAAGUCACACAGGUAAAAUGCCUUUUAAAUGCAGCCACUGCGGAAGGAAGUUCAUCCAGAAGUCUACCUUAAAGCGACACACGAGAACUCACACAGGUGAGAAGCCGUUCGUUUGCAACACCUGUGGAAAGAAUUUCAACUGCGAGGCUAAUACGAAGAAGCACAUAAGGAUUCACACAGGUGAGAAACCUUACACCUGCAGCGACUGUGGGAAGGAGUUUUCAGAUUCCUCGUCGUUGAAAAAUCACCUUCGAGUGCAUACAGGGGAGAAGCCCUUUAAAUGCCCUCAAUGUAGGAAAAAAUUCACACUCAAAGUACACUUUGCCACAUGCACUUUGACAAAGCACAUUAGAACCCACACAGGUGAAAAACCUUAUAAGUGCGACACAUGUGGAAACUGUUUUUCUCAAAAUACUGACUUGAAAACACACAUUAGGAUCCGUACAGGCGAAAGACCAUACCAAUGCACCGUCUGUGAAGAAAGGUUCAUAAACAGCUCAAAACGGAAAAGUCACAUGAGUGUUCAUACAGAUGUCUCACCCAGCAGCAGUUCUUACAAGAUGUAAUUGUACUUGACACACAAAAAGUAAUCUAUCUACUAAACUAGGUUUUUUUUGUUUUUUUUGGAAAAGUUUUCCCUUCAUGGCCUUGUUCUAAAUAUAAUCACAAUUCACUUUGGCCUUAGAAAUAGUCUUCAAGGUUUUUGCCUUGGCUGGCUGUUUGACUCCUUGCACUCACUUAAUGAUACAGGCCCCUGAACCACAUAUCUGAUGGAGACAAGCAACGACUGGGAAGUGAUGAAAUCACUACCUUUGUGGAAAUGGAUAUACAAAUCUGUUGUUGGACCCAGAUCAGCUGCUGCUUGGGUAUAACUGGAUUUAAAACCCUCUAUGAUCAACAGGUUACAACAAAUGCCUCAGUUGCUGUUACCAAAAAACCCACUCAUGGUCCCAUUCUGCCAUCAUGUGUUCAUUUAUAUACUUGCACCAUUUCAUUUUAAUAUUUUUGAGUCGUGUGUUGGUGGUUGUUUGUUAAUGUGCACACAGGAUGUCAAUUUUUGCUUGUGAUGCCGCUGCCAUCUACCCCUGUGCAGCAUUUGCAUUGGUAUCUUUUGAGAAUGUAUUUCUUGUAGUGGCUGAACUUUUGUUGUUUGUUUGGCAUUUGUAUUAAAAUGUUCUAAUAUGG